CCUCCGCCCCCGCACAGCCUCGGCCGCCGCCCGGAGCUCCUGGACCUGCCGUGGGAGGACGUCCUGCUCCCGCACGUCCUCUCCCGCCUGCCGCUGCGCCACCUCCUCCGCCUCCAGAGGGUCAGCCGCGCCUUCCGCGCCCUCGUCCACCUCCGCCUCGCCAACCUCCGCGCCUUCGACGCCGCCCAGGCAGGACCUCACAUUCCCAAGGAUGCCUUCUGCGUCCUGCUCAAGGACAAUAUGGCACUGCACCGGCUGGCCCUUCAGAACUGCUCUGCCUGGCUAUCGGACACGGAGCUCCUCCCUGUCAUCGGCCAGAACCAUCACUUGCAGCACAUCGCAUUGAACGGCUGCGCGCAGCUGAGCCGGCAGACCCUGGUGGCCAUCUCCCUCAGCUGCCCCCAUUUACGCCAGCUCUCCCUGGCCCACUGCGAGUGGGUGGACAGUCUCUCCUUGCGCAGCCUGGCUGACCACUGCAAGGAGCUGGAGUCCCUGGACCUCACGGCCUGCCGGCAGCUGAAGGACGACGCCAUCUGCUACCUCGCGCAAAGGUGUACCGGCGCCAAAGGUUGUCCUGAGCUGGAGGACCUGGACCUCACGGGCUGCCUGAGGGUCAAGAACGACGCCAUCAGGACCCUGGCGGAAUACUGUCCCAAGCUGCGUGCCUUGAAGGUGAAGCACUGUCACGACGUGGUGGAGUCCAGCCUGAGCGUCCUGCGCAGCCGGGGGGUGGAGCUGGACGUGGAGCCUCCGAUGCAGCUGGCUGUGGUUCUCCUGCAGGGCGUGGUGGGCUACGCCCCAUUCAUCAACCUUCAGAUCUAGCGGAGGAAACCGCUGCUGCUGAGAAGGCGAAGGGGUGGGGAGGUGUGGGGCACGUUGGGCCUGUGUGGG